GUCCUAUGCAUGCCUUUUUCUCUCCCAUGCACUUUACUCUCUCUCUCUCCAAAACCCACGCGUAAAACUUCGCCUUCACCUCGUCGACGUUUCUUGAUCCUUCCUCCUCCUCCUCCUCCUCCUUCGACUCGAGCCUCGAGCUGCUUCCGCCGAGCAUGGCGAGGCCCGUCGACGACGCCGCCCGACGAGUUGUCCAGGAGAUCGAAGUCGUGGUGGUCGGUGCCGAAAAUGUCGCCUCCCGCGGAAAUGCGGAGCCCGGACCGAUCGGCUCCGGCGGCGUAGGGGUGGAGAAUGCGGUGAGCGGCGCCGGACGCUCGCCGGAGGAAUCCGCGGCCUCGUCCCGACGGAGCUCGGCUGGAGCCGUCCGAGAGCAGUUCAAAGAGUUGCCCAUCCACGAGGAGCCGAGGACUUCGUCGAGUUCGCGCGCGGAGGAGGCGCUGCCUCGUCGGAACUCGCGGCUGCUCGUGAACAGGCCGAAAUCGAGGCUGCUGGAUCCUCCCGAGGACCAAAGGCAGCAGCGGUCGAGGAUCGCGGCGGAUUCGGGGCCGUUCUCGGCAAAAGGCGGCGACGAUCGCGAAGCAGAAAAGGACGAUUCCGAGGACAUUCCGGAGGAGUUCAAAGGCUCGAAGCUCGGCUUGUGGACGGUGCUUCAAUUCGUGAGUCUCGUCUUGAUCAUCGCAGCCCUAGUUUGUAGUCUUUGGAUAAAUGCACUGAAGAGGCAAAAAGUGUGGGAUCUUCCUCUGUGGAAGUGGGAGAUCAUGGUUUUGGCGAUUAUUUGUGGAAAUUUAGUGUCCGAUUGCUUGAUCACAUUGACCGUGCUCUUGAUUGAGCGAAAUUUCAUACUGAGGAAGAGAGUUUUGUACUUUGUCUACGGAUUGAAGAAAUCUGCCCAAAAUUGUAUCUGGUUCGGUCUCGUCCUGCUCGUGUGGAAUUGUGUGUUUGAUGCUAAGGUUGAGAAGGAGACCAAGAGCAGGAUAUUGCCUAGAGUGACCAAGAUACUCGUAAGCAUUUUGAUAGGCGCGGUAGUCUGGCUCCUCAAGACUCUGCUCGUUAAGGUCCUCGCCUCAUCAUUUCACGUGAACACAUUCUUCGAGAGGAUUCAGAAUUCCCUCUUCGCUCAGUACUUGAUCGUGACGCUCUCGAGCCCACCGCUGUUUGAGACGUUCGAUGACGAAGAGGAGGAGAGGGCAAUCGCUGAGCUCCAAGAGAUUCAGUAUGAGGGGGCCAGCAUUCCUAGCAUUCUCAGGGAAGCUCUUCUUCCGAGGAGUGACACAUUGGCGGGGAACGGAAAGAGCCCUGUCGUGAGGAAGAGCCCUCGACUUUCAAGAGAGGCCUCACAUGAGCAGGCCAUGAAGAUCCCAAUUGAGCAACUGCACAGGCUGAAUCAAAAGAAUGUAUCGGCUUGGAACAUGAAGAUGUUGAUGAAUAUCAUAAGGAAUGGCAACUUAUCUACGCUGGAUGAGCACAUUCUCUCUUCCGAUGGGAAGGAUGAGGCCACAUUGGAGAUAAGAAGCGAACGCGAGGCGGAGAAGGCAGCCAAAAGGAUAUUCCGGAACGUUGCUAAGCGCGGUUCAAAGUGCAUUUAUUUGGAGGAUGUGAUGCGCUUCAUGAGUAAAGAUGAAGCAUACAAGGCAAUGCAUCUCUUCGGAGCAGCAUCUGAACGCGAGGGAAUCAGCUGGCAGUCACUUAAAAAUUGGAUGGUGAAUGCAUUUAGAGAGAGGAGGGCCCUUGCUUUGUCUCUAAACGACACUAACACAGCAGUGGACAAACUUCAUAAGAUGUUGAAUGUUGUCAUAGCUUUUAUCAUCGUGAUUAUUUGCCUCACUAUACUACAAGUUGACACCACCCACUUCCUUAUUGUCAUAAGCUCGCAGCUUGUUGUCAUGGCAUUUAUCUUUGGGAAUACCUGCAAGACCAUUUUCGAGGCUAUCAUCUACCUAUUCGUAAUACAUCCUUUUGAUGUGGGUGAUCGCUGCGAGGUGGAAGGAGUACAGAUGGUGGUGGAAGAGAUAAAUAUACUGACUACAAUCUUCCUGAGGUAUGACAACCAAAAAAUUGUAUACCCAAACAGUGUUUUGGCUACCAAGGCCAUAAGUAAUUACUACAGGAGUCCAGAUAUGGGUGAUGGAGUUGAUUUCUCUAUCCAUAUCUCGACUCCGGCCGAGAAAGUUGCUAUCAUGAAGGAACGAAUAGUCAGGUAUAUUGAGAACAGGAGUGACCACUGGCAGCCGGCACCAAAGGUGGUGACAAGGGAGAUUGAAGACUUGAACAGAGUGCUGAUGUCAGUUUGGCUCACACACCGAAUGAAUCAUCAGGACAUGGGCGAAAGAUUUGUCAGGAGAGCUCUUUUGGUCGAAGAGAUGAUCAAAAUCUUCAAAGAGCUCGACAUUGAGUACCGGUUGCGGCCUCUUGAUGUGAACAUCCAAAGCUUACCUGAUCCAAAUUCAACUAGGCUUCCUUCAAAUUGGACAGUAGUUGGUAUAUAAUCAUACUCCAGUAUGGGCAAGCCCCGGCUAAUUGUGGUCCCAGGCUCAAGGAUCUCAUACUCUGAUAGUGACAGAACAAUGUUUUAACCAUGACCCCGGCGUGCAAAAGACAUUUGUAUAAUUCCGCUAUGAAUGUAGCUUCUCCAAUAAAUGAUAAACGCUGAAUUAAUAAAAAAAUUAGCUGGAUAAUCUUUUUCUUAGA